CUCUUCAUCCGCUGCUUCUUCUCUCGUCUUUCAAUCAUCACUUAAUCGUCCUUUUCUGCCAUUGUUGUGAAACCUUAACUGUUCGCUCUAUUCACUCUCUCUUGUCUUUUGCUCUCUCUGUUUCUGUUCCCUCUCUCUCUCCCUCUGUGUUUGUUUUCAGUGCCAGGAGCUCUGGUUCUGCAAGAAGAGAUUCCGAUUACAGAGCUGCGAGUUUCUUUAGCAAGCACAACAAUUACACACCUCUCUUAUUGAUAUAGGCAGCAAAGGAAAGCUUUUGUGAAAUGGACGCCAUGGCUACAGAGCAGUAUAUUGAAGAAGCAGUAGCUGAAAAUGAUUAUAACAGAGAGGAUAAAUCUCCUCUAGACAUCUGCAAGUCUUCUGACACUCUCGUAGAUUCCGAUGAUAGCCCCUGUAAUGGAUUCGAUUGCAAUAUUUGCCUGGAUUCUGUACAGGACCCAGUGGUGACACUUUGUGGUCACCUUUACUGCUGGCCCUGCAUGUACAAAUGGCUUCAUUUCCAGAGCAUCUCCACAGAAAACGAAGAUCUGCAGAUGCAGCAGCAAUGUCCUGUAUGCAAGGCUGAAGUUUCUGAAGGCACCUUGGUUCCACUCUUUGGACGAGGCCAAACAACAAAACCCUCUAAAAGCAAAGCCCCCAAUCUGGGAAUAAUUAUUCCUAGAAGACCUCUUGGUCUUGCAUGUGGAUUUGAUUCACCAAGAUCAUCUUUUACCACAAGUAGUAAUCCACGUCCAACCCAGCAAAUUUAUAAUCGUGAUUAUUCUCCUCAUCAAUCUCAACUAUACUACUCUCAGCCUGGAAUAAGUUACCCUCCUGCUUCUUCAAUGCUUACCCCACGAGUUGCAACAGCGAACAUGUACGAUCCAAUGAUAGGAAUGUUCGGGGAGAUGAUUUAUGCAAGGGUCUUCGGUAACUCCAUAACCAAUAUUUACGGCUACCCUAAUUCAUAUAAUCUUACAGGAAGCAGCAGUCCUAGAAUGAGAAGGCACAUAUUGCAGGCUGACAGGUCCCUUAGCAGAAUCUGCUUUUUCCUCUUCUGUUGUGUAUUUUUGUGUUUCCUCUCAUUUUGAUAUGUUGUUUAUAUAUAUAUAUAUAUAUAUAUAUAUAUAUAUAUAUAUAUAUAUAUAUAUUCACAAAGUACAUGAUAUACACAGAAUCAGCCGGAUGUAUUUGGUGCCAUAGCUAUUGCAUAUCCUGUGCUGUGCAUGCGGUAUUUGUAAUUAGUUAAAAGAGUUUUCUUGAGCUUAAUGAUUGAAUUAAUCUUCUCAUUUAUUUUAAUGAAGUUCAAGAGUUGGAAUAA